GAGCAGCCAUUCAUUCUCAUUCCCAUUCGAGGACCCACUACAAUGACUCCAUGAGAGCAGGAUGAAGAGUCACCCAACAGCCAGCUGGCACUAGUUUUAACAUUUUUUUUUUUCAUGGAAACCAUGACCAUCACUCUCCUUAUUUUUCCUAGCUCUUCUUGGGCCUCUAAGGCCAGGAAAAGAGGUAGCCAUGCUGCUUUGAAUUCUCUUGUUUUAGACAUUUCUGAGGAAAUCCAAGUCUUCUGUAUGAUGUGUGGAUCAGGGUAGCAAGGCUGGAAGAGGAUGGUCUGAAGAUGGGAAGAAGGGUUUAGGGGACUGAAGUAUCAUCCGGAGAAGGAAGAGCAGCUUGAUCCAACUUAAUACAGUAUUGGAACGGUUUACAAUGGUUGAUACAGAAAUGCCGUUUUGGCCCAUGAACUUUGGAAUUAGCCCUGUAGACCUUUCAGCAAUGGAUGAACAUUCCCAUUCCUUCGACAUAAAGCCCUAUACUACUGUUGAUUUUUCCAGCCUUUCUUCACCACAUUAUGAGGACCUUCCUCUGGCAAGAACCGACCAGAUGGCCAUUGACUACAAAUAUGAUGUGAAGUUUCAAGAGUGCCAAAAUGCAAUCAAGAUGGAGCCUCCAUCUCCACCAUACUUCUCAGAAAAAGUUCAAAUGUAUAAUAAACCUCAUGAAGACACCUCCAGUUCUCUCAUGGCCAUUGAAUGCAGGGUGUGUGGAGACAAAGCUUCUGGGUUUCAUUAUGGAGUGCACGCAUGUGAAGGCUGCAAGGGCUUCUUUCGUAGAACAAUCCGGUUAAAGUUAAUCUAUGAUCGGUGUGACCUCAACUGUCGCAUUCAUAAGAAAAGCAGAAAUAAAUGUCAGUACUGCAGAUUCCAGAAAUGUCUGGCAGUUGGAAUGUCACACAAUGCUAUCAGGUUUGGGCGGAUGCCACAAGCUGAGAAGGAGAAGCUCUUGGCAGAGAUUUCAAGUGACAUCGACCAGCUAAACCCUGAGUCUGCUGAUCUACGAGCCCUUGCCAAGCUCUUGUAUGAUUCAUACAUCAAAUCCUUCCCUCUGACCAAAGCCAAGGCAAGGGCCAUCUUGACAGGAAAGACAACAGACAAAUCUCCAUUUGUCAUCUAUGACAUGAAUUCCUUAAUGAUGGGUGAAGAUCAGAUCAAGUGUAAACAUCUGGCCCCCAUGCAAGAGCAGAACAAAGAGGUGGCCAUUCGUAUCUUCCAGCGUUGUCAGUUUCGCUCAGUGGAAGCUGUUCAGGAGAUCACAGAAUUUGCCAAAAGCAUUCCAGGAUUUGUGAGUUUAGACCUGAAUGACCAAGUAACUCUCCUGAAAUAUGGUGUCCAUGAAAUCAUCUAUACGCUCCUGGCCUCCAUGAUGAAUAAAGAUGGUGUUCUUAUAUCCGAUGGACAAGGAUUCAUGACUCGGGAGUUCCUCAAGAGCCUCCGAAAACCUUUUUGUGACUUUAUGGAGCCCAAGUUUGAGUUUGCUGUCAAGUUCAAUGCACUGGAAUUAGACGACAGUGAUCUGGCAAUAUUUAUAGCUGUCAUUAUUCUCAGUGGAGAUCGCCCUGGGUUACUCAAUGUGAAGCCUAUUGAAGAUAUUCAAGACAAUUUGCUGCAAGCUUUAGAACUCCAGUUAAAGCUGAAUCACCCUGAGUCAUCACAGCUGUUUGCAAAAUUGUUGCAGAAAAUGACAGAUCUCAGACAGAUUGUAACAGAACAUGUGCAGCUGUUGCAGAUUAUAAAGAAAACGGAGACAGAUAUGAGCCUUCAUCCACUCCUACAAGAAAUUUAUAAGGACUUAUAUUAAGGGCCAUAGAAUUUCUAAUCCACUGACAUGAUGUACGUUCUUCAAAUUGCACUAUUUCUUUGAAAGGGAAAAUAUUACAUGCCAAAGAAAUUACUGUGAAAGAAGCAUUUAAAAAGACAGAGCUUUACUAUUAUAGAUAUAUUUUAUGCCUAUUGUUUAUAAAGACACAUUUACCAUUUGCUUUUAAUAUUAAAACGUCUAUAUAAACAAAUUGUUGGCAGUA